AUGGCGGCAGCAUCUACCGGUAGUGGAAUCGCCUUCAGGGGCUUCGACUGGACACCGCUUGCGCCCGUCGUCAAGUGGUUCAAGAUGGCUCGUGUACUGUUCCUUCUGGCUGCCCUGGCGCUUAUUCACACUGCCACAGCCCAGCAGAUGACAAUGGGCGAGGACCUUCUCUCAGCUGGUGUGAACUCCACUUUCCUAACCACCCAGAUGGUUAACUACACUGCAGAUAUUCCGCUCACGGCCUUCCUGGCCUAUGACAACAGCACCACUGCGCCCCGGCCCGCUGUCAUCAUUGUCCCUGACUGGGAUGGCAUUGGCGGGUACGAGAUGUGGAGGGCCAAGUUGCUGGCUAACCUGGGUUACGUAGCUAUGGUGGCCGAUGUGUACGGCUCCAACAUCUCGCAGGGCCCCGCUCUGCCCACCUCCGUGCGGUCCUCCCUCCUGAUGCCGCUCAUGUCGAACCCCGCCCUCUUCCGGAGCCGCAUGAUUGCUGCCAUCAACACGGUGAAGACGCUUCCGAUCACCAACACCAGCGCAAUCGCCGCCAUCGGCUACUGCUCCGGCGGAACCGGAAUCAUUGAGCUCUUGCGCGCUUACCCCAACGGCACCGAGGGUCUUCGCGGUGUGAUGGGCUUCCACGCCGGCCGGCUGAACACCACCGGGACCAAGGCCGUGCCCAAUAACCCCAUCAAGCUGUCGCUCCAGAGCGGUGCCAAGGACGCGUCCGUCUCCGGAAAGGCGGAGAUGGUCGCUGAGAUGGACGCGGCUAACGUCACGUGGGAGUUCACCGACUAUUCCAACACUCUGCACUCCUUCACCAACCCCGCCACCAACGCGAGCGGAAACUCCGCCUACAACGCUCAGGCGGACAUGCGCUCCUGGGCAUCCCUGCGCGUGUUCCUGAACGAGAUCUUUGGAUUCGUGCCUAUGUCCAAUAUUUACACAUACGCUAUGGGCAACUCGCUGCCAAGAUAAUUUGCCCGUAGUGCCGUCAGCUCGAUGGCCUGAGGGCUACUUUUCCCCAACUUUCGAGACGGUUGAUAAGCAGAGAAAAGGUUGAAAAUUAGUCAUGUUACAACAUGUUGGGAUAGGGGUGUGCGUAAGAACAUUUUUUGAGGUCGGCUGCCACCAGGCACCGCUGCGACGCACAUUGCUCGCAAACAUUCUUGAGAAACGGUCAUCUUCUGUGAAUAUCGACACUGAUGAGAACUUGAACACGUCCAAACGGAUCCGGAUGUCUCCUCAAGGUUCAGGCCGGAGUCAUGUCUUGACAUCAUUCAACGCGUAAGCCAUAAACUUAUACAAUAAAGCAAUGAGAACUCAGCUAACCAGAAAGCUUCCCCAAG